UGUCGAGUGUGGUCGGUUUCUAAAGUGGCAAGUGGAAUAUACAUGUAUUUAUGUACGUAUGUACACAGUACAUAUGUAUCAUGUGAUAAAAGUAGAAGCGGACAAAUUCCCUGUAUAUAUUUAAAAUAAUUGACAUUAAUAGAAUGAAUUCAUAUAAAUUUAAUGUAAUAAAUUAGUGCCGUCAUAGAAAGCGUAGUGUAACAAAAUAAAAUUACAAAAUACCCGUGAAUACAAGUCACUCCUUACCCCGUAAAUGUAUUAAAUCACACAUAAAAUAACUAAAAAUUUAGGUGAACAGCACGCAGCAUUAUUAUUCCUCGACGACGUUGUCUAAAAAUAACUGAAUUUUCAUUGAAACAAGUACCAUAGGAUACAUCAGCGAAAAGACGCGCAUUCCUUACAUUUUCUUUACUUUUGAAAGAGGAUGACUGCUGAAGUAAUGGCGACAGACACAAAUUGGGAUCCUGCAUUAUCUAAACUUAUUUCGUCACUAAAAGAAGCUGAAAGUCUUUCCAAUGAUCAAGAAAUAGAUUUCCUUAAAAAUUUACUUGAAUCAAAAGAACUGAAUGCUUUAGUUAAUGUACAUACAAAAGUAGUAAAGGUUGGAAGAGAUGACCGCUUGGCUCCAAUCUUAUCAACAUCUGGUCAAAUAUUGUUUGAAGUACUGGAACAGUUAUCACAACGUUGCCACUUAAAUGAUGACUGCAAAGAAGCAUUUCAUUUGCUACAGGGACCAUACCUUCAAAGUUUGCUUUAUGCACACGAUGCAAUUGCUCAAAAGGACUUUUAUCCGCAUCUACCGGAUAUACCCAUCGAAAUGGAUGAAGAUGAGGAAACAAUUAAAAUUGUGCAACUAGUAAAAAGCAAUGAACCUUUAUCAGGAGCACAAAGUGCGGAACCAAUUGUUGGUGCUACAAUCAAAACUGAUGAAGAUACUGGUAAGAUAAUAAUAGCUAGAAUAAUGCAUGGAGGAGCCGCUGAUCGCUCUGGACUAAUACAUGUUGGUGAUGAAGUAAUUGAAGUAAAUGGCAUUAAUGUGGAAGGUAAAACACCAGGAGACGUGCUAACGAUAUUGCAAAACUCAGAAGGUACAAUUACCUUCAAACUUGUACCCUCCGAUGGCAAAGGUGGCCAACGUGAAUCAAAAGUGCGCGUUCGUUCACAUUUCAAUUAUAAUCCAGAAAUAGAUCCAUAUAUACCAUGUAAAGAAGCAGGUCUAGCAUUUCAACGUGGAGAUAUUUUGCACAUUGUGGCACAGGAUGAUGCAUAUUGGUGGCAGGCGCGAAAAGAAUCUGAACGUACUGCACGAGCUGGUUUAAUACCCAGUCGAGCAUUGCAGGAACGUCGCAUACUUCAUGAACGCUCCCAACGUGAACCCAAUGAUAGUGAAUCAAAAAAAGGCUCAUGCGCUUCCAUUUGCACUACCCCGCCUGGCUCACCCAUGUUACAUUCUAGUAGUAGCACAUCUUCAUGUCGUCAGCCAAAAACUAAAAAAAUCAUGUACGAUUUAACAGAGAAUGAUGACUUUGAUCGUGAAAUGAUUGCUACCUAUGAAGAAGUUGCCAAACUAUAUCCACGUCCAGGUGUUUAUCGUCCAGUUGUUUUAAUUGGUGCACCUGGUGUAGGUCGUAAUGAAUUACGAAGACGUCUAAUAGCAAGAGAUCCUGAGAAGUUUCGUAGUCCAGUGCCAUAUACAACACGUCCAAUGCGUACUGGUGAAGUUGCUGGUCGUGAGUAUAUAUUUGUGACGCGAGAAAAAAUGGAAACAGAAAUAGAGGAAGGCAAAUUUGUGGAACAUGGUGAAUACAAAGGACAUUUGUAUGGUACCUCCGGUGAGAGUGUAAAGUCAAUUGUCAAUGCAGGCUGUGUCUGUGUACUGAGUCCACAUUAUCAAGCAAUAAAAACUUUACGGACGGUACAAUUAAAACCAUUUAUGAUACAUAUAAAACCACCGGAACUAGAAUUAUUAAAAAAAACACGUACUGAUGCUAGAGCCAAAUCUACAUUCGAUGAAGCAAAUGCGAGAAGUUUUACGGAUGAAGAAUUUCAAGAUAUGAUAAAAUCAUCUGAACGUAUUGACUUUCUUUACGGACACUUCUUUGACGAUGAAAUCGUCAAUGGAGAACUAUUACCAGCCUUUGAAAAAUUAGUAAUUACUGUGCAGCGAAUUGAGAAUGAGCCACUGUGGGCACCGGCUACUUGGGUGCAAUAAGUAGGAUUUAAAAACGAUGGUUACAACAAUAAAAGACAAACACUGCUAUAUUAAUGCCAAAAAUCUUACUUCUUUAUAAUUUUAAUUGUGAGAACAUAAACACCAAAUUUUAAUAAUAAAUUUAUAAAAAUGUAUACAAUAUAAAAUUAAAUUGAACAGCUAAGGCAACACACUACUGAAUUUGA